CAUUUGCAUUUGCACUUAACAGGGAUGCGGAGAGCAAAAAGAUAUAAAACAAAUAAAACGCUGUUAGUGUGCCCGCAACUCGAAAUAUACUGACUCGAAAACGGACAACUGUUGAUUUAGAAAUGGGUGGAAUUGUCUACAUUCAUUGGCUAAUUGUUACACGCUUCUCAUCAACAUAUAUGGCUGGCGAUUUUAAUAAGUGGAUCCUACAGUGCUUGCCUAUAGCGACAGUAAAUAACAUAUGUUUUAGAAUAUUUGUUGUUCACAACUUCCACGUUAUAGACUCCAGAGCAAGAGCAGACAGGACACUCGCGAUUAUGAAGUUUAACGAUGCUGCAGACGAAGGUUCGGCGCGCUACGUCUCGACGCUGCCGACAGCUCCGCUAAUAAACACUUACUUGAGUGCCUUAAGUGCCUGUCAGUCUGCUAAAUGCUUAAAUAUUGAAUAAAAAAAGUUGUUUUGAUCAUGAUUCAGUCUCAAAUUUAAGUUUCGUAUAAAUGACCAUAAUAUAUUUUUUCUGUGUAGCGGUCGUCGUAGGAGGCAUCUACGGGAAAUUAUAGAAAUAUCUCAAAGCUCAUUUAUCUAUCGUUUGAUUGCCAUAUAGGAAAUCUCAUUUACGCCACAUCUAUACUAAUAAAUAAAAUUCAAGUGUCUGUUUGCAAUGUAAAAAUAACAGUUUUUUACUAAAUGCAUAUGAAAAUAUAUACAGAGCUUAUAACAAAAACACAAUUUUUAAAAUUUUUGUCUGUCUAUUUCUUUGUUCCGACUAAUCUCCGGAAUGGCUUGACCGAUUUUGACGGGACUUUCACUGGCAGAUAGCUAAUAUUAUAAGGAAUAACUUCAUCAUCAUUACAGCCCUUCACAAGUCCACUGCUGAACAUAGGCCUCCCCCAAAGAAUGCCACAAAACACGGUCCUGAGCCACCUGCAUCCAUCGACUUCCUGCAUGUCUUACCAGGUCGUCACUCCAUCUCGUGGGGGGACGCCCUACACUUCGCCUACCGGUACGAGGCUGCCACUCGAGAACCUUUCUUCCCCAUCGGUUGUCGGUUCUUCGAGCUAUAUGGCCGGCCCACUGCCACUUCAGCUUACUAAUCCGUUGGGCUAUGUCGGUCACUCUGGUUCUACUGCGGAUAUCCUCAUUCCUAAGUUUAUCACGCAGAGAAACUCCGAGCAUAGCCCUCUCCAUAGCUCGCUGAGCGACCUUGAGCUUCCUCAUACGGCCAGCAGUGAAGGACCACGUCUCAGUUCCGUAAGUCAUCACUGGCAACACGCACUGGUUGUACAAUUUCGUUUUAAGGUUUUGAGGUAUGUCUGACGAGAAGAUGUGUCGUAGCUUCCCGAACGCUGCCCAGCCGAGUUGAAUCCGUCGAUUGACCUCUCGGUCGAAGUUGGACUUACCCAGUCGGACUAUUUGUCCCAGGUAAACAUACUCGUCAACAACUUCGAGCUUAGUAUUCCCAACAACUACCGGCAUAGGUGUGACAUGGACAUUAAACAUGAUCUUAGUUUUGUCCAUGUUCAUCUUAAGACCUAUCCGUUGGGAAACACUAUUGAGGUCAUUGAGCAUAGUGCUUAGGUCCUCCAGCGAUUCUGCCAUAAGGACUAUAUCGUCGGCAAAUCGAAGGUGAGUGAUGUACUCGCCAUUGAUGUUGAUACCGUAUCCUUUCCAGUCCAGAAGCUUGAAAACGUCUUCCAAUGCAGCGGUGAAGAGUUUCGGGGAUAUGACGUCACCCUGUCUUACACCUCUCUGCAAUUGGAUAGGUUUCGUACUCUGGUUCUGUACUCGGAUAGCCAUCGUAGCCCUACUGUACAAGCACUUCAACACUUCGAUAUACCGACAGUCAACUUGGCACCGCUGAAGGGACUGCAGCACCGCCCAAAUUUCGACGGAAUCAAAGGCUUUCUCAUAGUCCACAUACGCCAGACAUAGUGGCAAAUUGUACUCUUCGGACUUCUGUACAACUUGCCGAAGGGUAUGUAUGUGGUCUAUGGUGCUAAAGCCCUUUCGGAAACCGGCUUGUUCGGGAGGCUGGAAGUCGUCAAGUCUGCGUGCGAGACGAUUCGUAAUGACUCUCGAAAACAGCACGUAGACGCGGCUCAGAAGGGAAAUCGGUCUGUAGUUCUUCAAGAGAGCGUUGUCACCUUUCUUGCAGAACAAGACCACCGCACUUCUGCUCCACGCCUCCGGUGUAAUGCCACCAUGGAGGACGGAAUUAAAGAGCUUCUGAAGGACUUCAAGUACCGGUCUUCCACCCGCUUUCAGAAGCUCCGCUGUAAUUCCAUCCUCGCCUGGGGCCUUACCGUUUUUAAGGUGCUGGAGAGCCAUCCUAAUCUCGCUCAGACUGACAUCCGGGAUAUCUUCGGAAUAGUGUCGGAUAAGACUCGCUCUUGGAUCGUUACUCACACUUGCGUGUGGCUCCAACGAUGAUGUGUACAGCUGCCCAUAGAACCUCUCAAUCUCACUCAAAAUCUCAGGUGUCCCGGAAACGAUGCUGCCACAUUCUGUCUUCAGCUUUGACAGUUGGCUCUUUCUGGCAGACAGAUCUCUGGCAAAGACUUUGGAGCCCUGGUUCCGCUCGAUGGCUUCUUCAAUACGAGCUGUAUUGAAGUUGCGUAAGUCCCGCCGCAUGCAUUUGGAGAUCUGUCUGUUCAGAUGCCUGUAUGCUGUCAAGUCUGUUGAAGAAUGUAGCUUCAUCUCCCGUCUAACAGCCAUGAGAUUAAGAGUGUGAUCGGAGAGUUUUUGUGUUCUUCUGCGGCGGGUCUUGCAGAACUUAGCUCCAACCGCAUGGACAGUUUCCACGAGCUUGUCAUUCAUAUCGUCCACUUCAUUGCAGUCUUCCAGGCACUGAAAACGGUUUUGUAACUCGAGCUGAAAGGUUUCGGGACUUUGGAACAGAGCACGAGGGGGACGGAGCGUUGACUUCAUUAGACGAGACCUCUCCAACUUAACGUUUAGGUUCAGUGUGCCUCUAACCAUUCGGUGAUCGCUACCAGUUUUCACCCUCGCGAUCACGGAGACAUCACUGAACAGUUGUCGUCUGGUCGUCAUAAUAAAGUCAAUCUCAUUUUUUGUGGAACCGUCGGGGCUCGACCAGGUCCACUUCCUGUGGGGCCGCUUCUGGAAGAAAGAGUUCAUCAUAAAGAGUCCCUCUUUCUCCAUGAAGUCGGCCAGCUGCUGGCCCCUUGGGUUCCGUUGCCCUAUUCCAAAUUUCCCUACUUUCAGCUCACCGUUCUCUCUUGUGCCUAGUUUUGCAUUGAAGUCUCCCAUUAACACCGUAUAUUGGGUUUUGGAGGAAUGCAUGGCUCUAGAGAUAUCCUCAUACAUUUCCUCCACCUCCUCAUCGGGAUGUGCCGAGGUUGGUGCGUAAACCUGUAUGACCUUCAGCGAAUACCGUUUGGUGAUUCUGAGUAUAAGGUACGCAACCCUCGUCGACACACUCCCGAUUUUUACAACGUUGUUAACGAGAGACUUGUGGACGAUAAAUCCGACACCUCCUUGGGACAGAUGGUCGCCCUCCCGGUGAUAGAGCAAGUUGCCGGAUUCGAGGAUUACCGUGUCCUCCCCCUCUCUUCGGACUUCGGAUAAUCCUAUAAUAUGCCAGCGCAACUUGUCUAUCUCUUCUUCCAGCUCCACGAUCUUCUCGUCAGUCCUCAGGGUGCGUGCGUUGUACGUUGCCAGGUCGAGUCGUCUAAGGUGGCAACCGAACCUCCACCGGAGAUUCUUAGCACCCCCUGCCCCGCCGUUACCAUGGUCGCCACCGUAGCCAGGAAUAGCGGGGCCGCCGGGGACUGGGGGCCGUUUUUUUGUUGCUCUCAUCAUUGGGGGGGAUUUGCCAUAGUUGCCACGCUUGGCGAGCGGGUUGGCAACCGCAGUUUUUUUAUUGUAAUUUGGCUAUUAUCAGGAAGAUGCUGCUGCUCAUCUCCUGGCUGUUUCCCUUUGUCGCCUUUUACGACACCCACGGGAGGAUAUGGGGUAGUGGAUAUUCUUGACCGCCACUACACGGCAGGAAUAACUUAGACAACUUUUAUUUUAGAAAAGGAUUUAUAGGUUUCAGCGC